AUGGUUAAGGACUUUUUUGUUUUUCAGGGUCAAAAAGGAGAACGUGGUUCACCAGGAAACAACGCAGGAGGUGUAAUUAAGUUUAGCGAUACCGCUGAGAAAUGUACCGCAAGCAUCGCCGGCACUGUAAGCUACAAUAGUUCCCAGAAAUCCUUGCAACUCUGUGAUGGAAGUGUUUGGCUUCCAGUGCUGACUGUUGGAAAAGGUUACACGAAGGAUAGACCCGGCCGCCAUUGCUUGGAUAUUUUAAAUUCUGGUGAGCUGAAACUGUGAUAAAUAAAAAGAAUCCAUAAGAGACUGAGGAGAUAGUUGUAGAGAUUGCUGAGAAGUAGCUGGCCUGCAAUGCAGGCCUAUAUAUUGGGGGCCAGUGAAAGCUGCUUUAUAAAGUUUGCAAUGCCGCAGCCGCCAUCUUUCUUAAAUAUGCCUACUAAAGUCCAUCAUAUCAAUCAUAAUAUAUAAACAAUCAUGUAAAAUAAUAUUCACUUUUCAGUAUAUUUAUUAUCAGGCCAAAGUCAUGGCAGUGGGCUUUACUGGAUUGAUCCAAACGGUGGCUCGACAGCUGACUCAUUCCAAGCGUUUUGCGACAUGGAAACUGAGCGUGGAGGUUGGACCCUAGUUGCCGCAAAGGUCUCCCCAGGCUUCCUCUUCAUCAAAACUGUUUUCUCGGCAGUGGCCGCUGCAACUAAGAAAGCAGAUGCCGGGAGUCACAUACACCCAAGCAUGGGGGACUGGAAAGAGGUUAUGUUCCGCUUUGCUGACGUUGAUACCAUCCGAGUCAUUUACAACAGAAAGGCGGGCGCACCAAACAAAGACAAGGAGGAAUUCGACAAGUUCUUGAUGGGGAAGUCUAUGAAUUUGAGAAAGCCUGUGAAUGGAUUUUACAAGUACAGUCCAGCAGAUAAGAAAAGAAAUCCCAGCGUGGGUUUUGCCACCAUAUCCUCUUUCCACUUCUGGUCAAACCGUGGGUUCUCAGAAGAUCACGGUGGCACGGAUAAGUGGCUUGACAUUUGGAGUACUGGUGAUGGCUCAAACAACUACAUCUACAGCGAUGACAGCAGGGCGCAGGGCACCAAAUGUAUCGCGGGCUACUGUUAUCUGAACAAGCCAAUCUGGGUGAUGGUGCGUUAG